UUGGUGUCACUUGUGUAUUCCCCAUUGACCUAGCUAAGACUCGACUCCAGAACCAAAGACAGGGUCAACAGGUCUACAAGAACAUGAUGGAUUGUCUGGUCAAAACUGUGCGAUCAGAGGGGUAUUUUGGCAUGUACAGAGACAUGGGUCCCCCCUGGGAUAGUGAAGGCUAGCCGAUUAAGGCGCAGCCACGCUGGAGGCAAAUCAUUUAUCAUGGUUCUGUCCACUCUGCUCUAUUACAAUUAGGCACAAUUUGUUUAUUUGUUGAAUAAUUGUUUUAUUUUCUUCAUAGCUUCUGAAUUUCUGUAGACUUUCACUUUGUCUAUUACUAACUCCUUUGGGCAUGUACUGUAUAAUAACCUACAUGCCUCUCACCAUUUUGAGAUUAGUUUUCUUUUGGUUUUCUUCUCUCUCAUUAUCUGUCCCUUGCUUUUUAAGAGGGAUAUUGAACUACAAACUAUUUUCUUUCUCUUCCUUUAUGCCUGCUUUCCUGGUUUCUAAUCUACUCAUAACUCAUUCUCUUUUUUUUUUUCUUUCCCUUUUUUUUUUUCUUUUUUUUUUUUGGUAUAAAUAAGUUUUUGUUCUGAAGUUUUUUUAUGCCAAAUCCCCCUCCAUGAUCAUUCCAUUGUCACAUGAGCUUUGCUUAUGUUAUUAGCUCUUCAAUAUCUGUAUUUUUAUUUAUAUAGUAUGGUUCUGUCUUUGGUAUGAUGGUGGUGGGGAAUGGGUGCUCUGUGAUUAAAUCUUGCUACUUUUUGGCUAAUCUGCUGUGUUUUUGUCUUUUAGGUGCUGCAGUGAAUCUUGCUCUCGUCACACCUGAAAAGGCCAUCAAGCUGGCAGCCAAUGACUUCUUUCGUCACCACCUUGCCAAAGAUGGGAAGGGGUUAUCGGUGUUUAACGAGAUGUUAGCAGGUUGUGGUGCAGGCAUGUGCCAAGUCAUCAUUACUACUCCAAUGGAGAUGCUGAAAAUUCAGCUACAAGAUGCUGGAAGACUAGCUGCCCAGCAGAGAAUGCCUGGUAUCCUGGCUCCCAGUAAGCUGGCUCAGACCAACACUGUUCUGAGCCGCUCUUAUAAUGUAGUGCCGAGUUCCGCUGCUCAAACUAUUUCUGCUACUCAGAUUGCCAAAGAGCUACUACACACAGAGGGCAUCCAAGGUCUAUAUAAAGGGCUAGGAGCAACACUCAUGAGAGAUGUGCCGUUCUCCAUCGUGUACUUUCCUCUUUUUGCUAACAUUAACCGUUUGGGUAAGCGCUCUGGAGAUGAUGUGGCGCCAUUCUAUUGGUCGUUCAUGGCUGGCUGUGUUGCUGGUUCGACUGCUGCAGUGGCGGUUAACCCAUGUGAUGUGGUAAAAACUAGGCUGCAGUCCCUGAGCAAAGGUGCUAAUGAGGAGACCUACAGUGGAGUGCUUGACUGUGUGAGCAAGAUCAUGAAGAAGGAAGGACCAUCUGCUUUCCUGAAGGGGGCAGGCUGUAGGGCACUCGUCAUUGCACCUCUUUUUGGCAUUGCUCAAGUUAUGUAUCUUGUUGGAGUUGGUGAAUUCAUUCUGAGCCAAAGGUCAUUUAACCUCCUGUCUCCUUAAGCAAUCAAGAAUUGCCUCAACUGAAUCUGUUCUGGGGACGUGAGACACAAUCAAAGACUAGAGUUAGAUUGACAGCACAGCUGUCAGUUUCCUGAGCCAGUUUCUGGUGUAACUGCACUUCCUGUCUGGUCUGCUCACUCACUUGAGUGCCUGACCAACAUUUUGCACUUGUUAGUAAGGCUUUUGCAGGAGGUAUGAGAUGGUGCUCAACAUCCUUCUAGAAGGAUUUGUAACUGAUUCCCCUCAGUGAGGGACGAUGGCGUCACAGACACGUUCAUCAAAAUGACUUUUCUUUUUUGUGUAGUGUCUGUGUUUUGUAAGUCACUUAUUUUUGUGUUGAUGAGGCAUGCAUUGAAUGCAUUCAUGAUGGUCACUAUUUUUACUAAUUACUUCUCAUGGUAGCUACAACAGUUUGGGUGGGGGUUUACUUAUUGACCACAAGUUCAAUUCAUUGACAUGUUUCUAAACUAUGACAUUGUGGGCACAUGGCUGCUUAGUGGCGCCAGACAUAUUGAACAGUAAAGUUUUCAUUUAAACAGAUUUUCUGGACCAGUUAAUUUAAAACCUGCAUUGGUUGUAGGCGAUAGAUGCUGAAAAAGGCAUGUGCUGCUCUUCAUAGCGAGAACUGUAUCUAAAGCAAACCAUAACACCCUUGUUCUAUUAUUCCAACAUGUUGCUCUACCACAAUAAUAGUACAUAUUUACAUCAAAAAACAAAAACUCAUUUAAAAUCUAUGGAAGUUCAAGUUAAUAUCCAUAGCACAUUCUCUGAAUUAGAUUUAAUGAAAUGGCCUGUAAAUGCAUAGUAAAAGGAGUUACUGAAUGAACAAUGUGUAACUGCAUAAAAUAAAUAGUAUAUUUGUAGAAUGUCAUCUCAGAAAUGUGAAGAUCAGAAAGUGCCAGUCUGGUUAAUAUUGAUUGGAUCAACAGUUCUCUUUAAUAUUUCCAGAUGGUAAGGUAUGUUUUAAUGUAAGCUGCAUCUACCUUCUAAAUUCCAGGGUUAUUAAACAGUAUGGGAUUCAGAUUGUUUUUGUAUCAAGUGUUAAACAGCAUAAACCAUGGUGUUUGCUAUAAAAUGUUUCAUUAAGACUAACAUUUAACAACUUGGUUCAGUUUGUACUUCAAAACACUUCAAAAUACACUUCAAAAUAAACUUGAACAUGUAGCUAGAAAAUGA